AUGUUGACACCCCCCUCCCCUAACUCACGUUGUUUAAAGCUUCUACCGCCUGAAGAGCUUGAGCAUCUUGAGAUCUUAUACCGUAAAGAUUCGACCUCUCCGGUUAAGAAACUUUUGCACUUAACCGGUACAGAUUUUUCAAGCUCUCCUGUUCGUGAGAACGGGACGCGGUUUAAUUUAUUUACUGGGAACCAGAGUUUUGCUGAGAGAGAGAGAGUAGUUUUCAGGUCACGAAACUUGGUGAGGGAGACAGUUUCAGUGCAUUGUGGGGUUUUCAAUGAGAAUGGUGGGUUUAGGAUUGAGGAUGAGGAUGAGGAUAAGAAGCUUAUGCAACGUUGUCAAGUUGUUCUCUCCACGUAUGCUACGUUGCUUUUUGGCGAGGCAAAAGCUGUCGUCAAGAAACACAAAGCUACACCUGAAGAAGUCGAAGUGCAGAUAAAUCAGUAUCGGCAUGAUAAAUUACCCGAAGAUAAAAGAUUCAACGGGAAAAAAGCUUUGUCUGAAGCGUCUGUGAUUGUGAGGGAACACACACCACUGACAAACCUUUUCAUGUGCCUCUGGUUCAGUGACGUUGUCCGCUACACGUCGCGUGAUCAGUUAAGUUUCCCAUACGUGUUUUGGCGGCUGAAAGUUCUGAAGAACGUCAACAUGUUCCCCGUGUGUACACGUGCCAUCUGGUGA